AGAAGACGACGAAGAAAGCAUUUUUGCCACACAGACUCUUCUGCCUAGUUGCCUUGCCAUCUUCAGUCCAACACUCUAUAAUCACACAACAUCCAUCAAACCGCCCGGCUCGCCAGCAUGGCAGCCCGAAGCCUCUCCAGCCUCGCCCAGUCUAUCACCGGGCCUUUGCGAUCCAAGUCCCGCCCUAUUCCUAGGGGGGAUGGGGAGCCCCGCUCCACCUCGCGAUCAAAAUCGGGAGAGUUCCGAAACGGGGCUGAUGGAGCGGCCCUCAAGGCCCUAGACGAGUCACCACGCUCAAGCCAAGAGAAAAAGGCGCAAAAGAACGCCGAGAAGAAGGAGCGUCGCGCACAGGAGCAGGCCCUGGUUGAAGAAUGGCGCCGCAGCGAAGACAUGAAGGCGCGCGAGCGUGUCGACGACGAGACCAAGGCACGUUAUGGCGACGAUGUCGUCCUCCGCGAGCUCAGCUCCAUCGCCGAGAUGGUAAAGAUGCCCGUCGGUUCCGAGGUCACCUUCCGCGCCCGCAUACACCACAAGCGCGAUGUCUCCCGGUCCCUCGACUUCCUACUGCUGAGGGAUCAAACGGACUCCAUCCAGGGCGUCCUGGCCGGCGCCCCUGAGAUGGUCAAAUGGGCCCAGCGUCUGCAGCCUGAGAGCAUCGUCCAGGUCACCGGCCGCCUGCAGAACCCCGUCGAGCCCGUCCGGUCCGCGAGCCAUCCCGACUUUGAAGUCCAGAUCAGCACGAUUCAUGUCGUCUCGAGGGCGAAGAGCAUCCCCAUCACCAACUACAGCCCGCCAGAAGCCAUGAACCCGCGCCUCUCCAACCGCGUCGUCGACCUGCGCCACGCCGCAAACCAGGCCCUUUUCCGUGUGCGUGCCGCCAUCACCCGCAAGUUCCGCGAGACGCUCGACGGUGAGGCUUUUGUCGAGAUUCAGACGCCCAAGCUGCAGCCCAGCGCCACCGAGAGUGGCGCCGAGGUCUUCAAGGUCAACUAUUUUGGUCGCAAUGCCUUCCUCGCCCAAAGCCCGCAGCUCUCUAAGCAGAUGGCCAUAUCUGCCGAUUUCAAGAGGGUGUAUGAGAUCGGUCCAGUUUUCCGCGCCGAGAAUUCCAACACGCAUCGCCAUCUCACAGAGUACACGGGCCUGGAUAUCGAGAUGAGCAUAGAAAAGUCAUACUACGAAGUCAUAGCUAUGGUAGAUCGCACACUAAAGUCCAUCUUCACCGCCGUCACGGAGAUGGACGAGCUCAAGGUCAUUCGGGAACGCUGGCCGAGCAGCAAUCUUAUCUGGCUUGACGAAACGCCCAUCAUCUCGUUCCCGGAAGCCUUGAGGAUGCUGCGGGAGGACGGAAAUGUGGAUAUCGAGGAGGACGACCUUUCAACGCGGGACGAGAUACAGCUGGGGCAACUAGUGAAGAAGCGUUACGGGACGGAUUACUUUAUCCUCGACAAGUUCCCCACCGUUGCGCGCCCCUUUUACACCCACAAGGAUCCCGAAGAUCCCAAAUGGACCAACUCGUUCGACGUCUUUAUACGCGGCCAGGAGAUUGGAACGGGCGGCCAGCGGAUCCACGACGUGGAGGUCCUCCGUCAGAGCAUGGCGGACGCAGGAAUCACCGAGGACGGGCUGCAGGAAUACCUCGCCGCUUUCGAAGCCGGCGCGCCACCGCACGGCGGCGCGGGCCUCGGGCUCGAGCGUAUCAUAACUUUUAUGCUGGAGCUAGGCGAUGUCCGCAUCGCAUCACCCUUCCACAGAGACACAAAGUCACUGCCACGCCGGCCGCCGGGCCUGCCACACCCCGAGGCGAGCACCAAGCGGCGCAAAUCAGUAGCACAAUCCCCACCAUCACUCGCUGCAACCAAGCGAGGGCUAUCGAGCGGAUCAUCCUUGUCCUCCUCCUCGACGGCCACCGCCAACAGCUCUUCCAUGGCCUCGCCGACGACGUCCAGCGGCCUGGGUGGGUACCCAGACUACCCGCCGCUGGAGAAGCUGAUAGCCAACUACGGCGACGCCGCGAACACGUCCUGGCUCGACGAGCGUUUCCAGCUCUGGCGCCACGCGCCGACGGGGGCGGCCGUGGGGUACGUGCCCCAAAAGGACGGGAAGCUGGUCAUCAUGGCGGGCGACCCGCUGUGCGACCCCUCGCAGCUGAGGGAGGUGGUCUGCGGCUUCCUGCGCUUCGUCGAGGGCGACCUGAAGCGCCGGCCCGUCUGGCUGAUCGUGUCGGACGAGGUGCAGCGCAUCCUGGCGGACGAGCACAACUGGCGCACGCUCACGUGCAUCGAGGAGCAGCGCAUCGGCGCCGAGGGGCACGGGAACCACGGCUACGCGCGGCCGGGGGCGGAGCGGAACGCGCGCCGGGUGCAGCGCGAGGGCAUCCGCAUCCACGAGGUGCGGCCCGAAAAGGACGGUUGCGGAGGCGGCGGCGGCGGCAGCCCGACAUCGCCGUCGUCGUCAUUCCGCGAGAGGACGGACCGGGCCAUCGAGCAGUGGCGGGCGGCGCGGACGACCAAGCAGAUACACAUCACAGAGGUGCGGCCGUGGGUCGACAUGGACCACCGGCGCUACUUCGCGGCCGAGCGCGACGGCGCCGUGCUGGGGCUCGUGGUGCUGGCGCGGCUGGCGCCCCGGCGCGGCUGGCAGGUCAAGUGGGCCCUCGACAUGCCCGGCAGUCCCGGCGGCACCAUCGAGGCCCUCGUCGACCGAGCCCUGGGCGCCGUGCCCGGGAGCCCCGUCACCUUCGGCACGGGCGUGUCCAAGACGCUGACGCCCGUCGCCCAUAUCGGCAGCGGGCGCGCCCGCGUCCUGGCCAAGGCGUACGAGGCCUUUGCCCACGGCCUCGGGCUCGGCAAGAAGGCCGAGUUCAGGGAGAAGUUUGGCGUCGUCGGCGAGGAGGCCUACAUCUGCUACCCCAAGCACGGGCUAGGCGUCGGCGAGCUCAGGGAGAUUGUGAGGUUCUUUGAGGAUUGAAGAGGGGGCGGUGAUGCGUACGUAUCUCUUUACUUGUAUAUAUGUGGGCAUGUUUCUUUGUUCAUCGAGGGCGGGCUUUGUCAUUUGCGUCUCGAUCGGAGUUGGCGGUUGGGGCGUGAGUGAGCUACUGGGAGAGGAAAACUAGUAGGGUUUGCAAUACGGAUUUUAUUGAAGCUGUAAUUGAAGCCUCGUUAUCAG